AACCCUUCUUUUAUACUGACAUAUGUCAACCACGCAUUUCUCCGGUUAAAAAUCGUUAUUUUUAUUAAAAUCUGAGUGUUUUAGUGAUUAAAAAGGUGUAAAAAUGCACGUCCCACCAAUUUUUAUCGAUGUUUCCGCCGAUGAUCAGGCUCAAGAGCUUCGAGCAUAUUUGAAGAGUUUGGGGGCUGAAAUCUCUGAAGAGAAAUCCCCGAAAGGUUUGGAGGAUGAUCUGCAUAAAAUAAUCGGGGUUUGUGAUGCUUGUUUCCGCGAGGGUCAAGAAACGGAAGUUGAAUGUGUGUUAAAUGAUAUUGUAUCGAUUAUGGUUUCCAUUCCCUUAGAGAGAUCGGAAAACAUAAUUUUAGCAUUUUGUGAAAAACUUACAAAAGCAACCGGUGUAAAAUUGGGAAACGUCUGUUUGCGUGCAUUAUGGUUAUUAUUUCAAUCUUUAGACGAACGUUCUCCAAUGAGAUAUCACGUUUACUACCAUUUGAUUGUUAUUGCAAAAACGACGGAUGAGAUUAAAUCAGUAUUUAAAGAUGUCGAUAACUUAAAACAACAAUUUGCUUUGUGCCCACCUUCCAACGACCAAUUGCAAAAGCUUUAUAGGUUAUUACACGAAGUUUUAUUAAAAAGCAAUCAGAGCGAGCAAGCUGCGAAAGUUAUGAUCGAACUUUUAAGUACAUACACGAGUGAAAAUGCGUCCCAAGCAAGAGAGGAUGCAAUAAGAUGCAUUACAACAGCAUUAGCUGACCCAAAAACGUUCUUACUUGACCCCCUUUUAUCGUUAAAACCCGUAAAGUUUCUCGAAGGUGAUUUAAUUCACGACUUAUUAACGAUAUUUGUCUGCGAAAACUUGGAAAGUUACAUGAAGUUUUAUAAGAAUCAUAAAGAAUUUGUAACCCAACAAGGUUUAAAUCACGAACAAAACAUGCAAAAAAUGCGGUUAUUAUCUUUUAUGCAACUUGCUGAGACAAAUCAAGAGAUAACAUUUGAAAUUAUUCAAAAAGAACUUCAAUUGGGACCGGAAGAAGUUGAACCCUUUAUAAUUGAAGUUUUAAAAACGAAAUUAGUUAGAGCAAGAAUGGAUCAGCUUGUUAAAAAAGUUUUUGUCUCGAGUACGAUGCAUCGCACUUUCGGUAGAGCUCAAUGGCAACAAUUACGGGAUUUAUUACAUGCUUGGAAAAGUAAUUUAAAUUCAGUUCAUGAUGGAAUGAAAACUAUUACGGCCGCCCAAAUAGAACUUAUGAAUCAACAGUAAAGUGUUAAGAUUAUAAUUAAUUUUGGGAGUUUGUAAUGAGUAAAUAAAAAAAAACUAUUGAGGUUA